GCACCAGGAGACAGACAGGCUGUGCUCCAACUCCAGGCUACAGGUGUUGCCUCCCAGGAUCCCAGAUGGAUUUCAGCCGUCGAAGCUUUCACAGAAGUCUGAGUUCCUCCUCACAAGGCCCAGCACUUAGCAUGAGUAGCUCCGUGUACAGGAAGGGGGGCGCGCAUCGCCUGGUGGCUGCACCCAGCGUCUAUGGUGGGGCCGGAGGCCACGGCACUCGCAUCUCUGUCUCCAAAUCUGUAGUGAGCUAUGCGAGUGAUCUCUCCAGCGGAGGGGACCUGUUUGCUGGCAAUGAGAAACUGGCAAUGCAGAACCUCAAUGACCGAUUGGCAAGCUACCUAGAAAAAGUGCGGUCCCUGGAGCAAUCCAACUCCAGACUUGAAUUCCAGAUCAAGCAGUGGUAUGAAACCAACGCGCCUAGCACCGUCCGGGACUACAGCCCCUACUACACGCAAAUCAAAGAGCUGCAAAAUCAGAUUAAGGAUGCUCAAAUACAAAAUGCCCGAUGUGUCCUGCAAAUUGACAAUGCUAAACUGGCUGCAGAGGACUUCAGACUGAAGUUUGAGACUGAGAGGGGGAUGCGCAUAACUGUGGAAGCUGAUCUCCAAGGCUUGAGCAAGGUUUUUGAUGAUCUGACCCUCCAAAAGGCAGACUUGGAAGUUCAGAUUGAAGAACUGAGCAAGGACCUGGCCCUCCUCAAAAAGGAGCAUCAGGAGGAAGUUGAUGUCCUUCGCCGGCAGCUGGGUAACAAUGUCAAUGUGGAGGUGGACGCUGCUCCGGGCCUGAACCUGGGAGAGAUCAUGAAUGAGAUGAGACAGAAAUAUGAAAUCUUGGCCCAGAAGAACCUACAAGAGGCCAAAGAGCAGUUUGAGAGACAGAGUGAAGCUCUGCAGCAGCAAGUCACUGUGAACACGGAGGAGCUGAAAGGAACCGAGAUCCAAGUCACGGAACUGAGACGUACCUACCAGAACCUGGAGAUAGAACUCCAGUCUCACAUCAGCAUGAAAGAGUCUCUGGAGCGCACCCUGGAGGAAACCAAGGCUCGUUACGCCAGCCAGCUGGCAGCCAUCCAGGGAAUGCUAAGCUCCCUGGAGGCCCAACUGAUGCAGAUCCGGAGUGACACCGAACGCCAGAACCAAGAGCACAAUAUCCUCCUGGACAUAAAAACCCGGCUUGAGCAGGAGAUCGCUACCUACCGCCGCCUUCUGGAAGGAGAAGAUGUAAUGACUACAGAGUACCAGCUGAGCACUCUGGAAUCUAGGGAUAUCAAGAAAACCAGGAAGAUUAAGACCGUCGUGGAGGAGGUAGUGGAUGGCAAGGUCGUGUCCUCCGAAAUCAAGGAGGUGGAAGAGAGUGUAUAACCUGCGCCGAGGGGAGGCUGCUCCAGCUGAAAAUGAAAAAAAGUGGCCGUCAGAAAACAUCAGCACUGUGUAGUGAUUACGGUGGAUGGGGCGUCUAUUUACCAGUCUCUGUAAUUAAAUAUAAAUGUUCUCACUCCGCGCUGUAAAGUGCUUGCAAGAUUGAACCCAGGGAGUACUAGAAUAUUUAAGCAUCAUCACUGCCAUCUUCAUUACAAGGCACAUUCAUCACAAGCCUAAAGCUCUCUGUUGGAGGAGUUCUAGCAAACUGCAAAUAAACUUCCCAAUGUCUCA